AUGGGAUCGAAUACGCUUUGUACAGACCGCUGGUGGUUUGAAGUAAGAAAAGGCGACAUUUACGCGUAUGCCUCAGGAGCUGACGAUGUUGGCGGAGAUGUCAUCAACGUAUCGAAGACGAAAAAGCCGGGGAUUGUGUAUAUCGAGGCAGGAGGUGACCCUGGGGUAGACUUCUGCGCCGUAGUGGCGAAAUUCUACGUGGAUCAGAACUACUUCUGCAAGAAGUUCCAUGGACUAAAGACGGCUGCCGAGUUUGUCAAGAAGUGGGAUGACCUGGCAACGUUUUCGUCUAAGAAUGGGAAGGAGCUAUUCGACGUCACGGCCUCUACAUCCCAGCAGAAGGGGAAACAUCGAAGUGACGUCACGGCCUCUACAACCCAGCAGAUGGGGAAACAUCGAGGUGACGUCACGCCCACUACAACCCAGCAGAAGGGGAAACAUCGAGGUGACGUCACGCUCACUACAACCCAGCAGAAGGGAAGUGAUCGAGAUGGCGUCACGCCCUCUACUACCCAGCAGAAGGGGAAACAUCGAGGUGACGUCACGGCCUCCACAUCCCAGCAGAAGGGAGGAGGUCGAGGUGACGUCACGGCCUCUACAUCCCAGCAGAAGGGGAAACAUCGAGGUGACGUCACGUCCUCUACAACCCAGCAGAAGGGGAAACAUCGAGGUGACGUCACGGCCUCCACAUCCCAGCAGAAGGGAGGAGGUCGAGGUGACGUCACGCCCUCUACAACCCAGCAGAAGGGGAAACAUCGAGGUGACGUCACGUCCUCUACAACCCAGCAGAAGGGGAAACAUCGAGGUGACGUCACGGCCUCCACAUCCCAGCAGAAGGGAGGAGGUCGAGGUGACGUCACGGCCUCUACAUCCCAGCAGAAGGGAGGAGGUCGAGGUGACGUCACGCCCUCUACAUCCCAGCAGAAGGGAAGUGAUCGAGGUGACGUCACGCCCACUACAACCCAGCAGAAGGGGAAACAUCGAGGUGACGUCACGCCCACUACAACCCAGCGGAAGGGAAGUGAUCGAGAUGGCGUCACGCCCUCUACUACCCAGCAGAAGGGAAGUGAUCGAGGUGACGUCACGGCCUCCACAUCCCAGCAGAAGUCUACAAACAAGCGAGGUGACCUGACGGCACAGAAGACUACCGCAGAAGAGGAGGCUAUGGCGGCUAUAAAGCGUCACUACAUGGGGGCAUUCGACAUCCCAAUAAAAAGACUGGUAGAGCCAGCAUGGAAGCGGCUGGUGAGAGCGGCGGACCCCCAACACGUAUCGAACCUCAAACAACGGUUCAUCGCGUCAUCUGGACAGAUGACGACUGUCCUCAUCGGGAACAUCCCUGAGAUGACUACGGAACAUUACGACAGGACAAGGGUUGACAGGUACAGGUACGAGGUCAUCGGGGGCAAUCAUACCAGGAUUGCGCUGCAGGAGAUACUGCGUGACACUCCCGAAAAACUGGACGUCGCAAGUGUACACAUGCAUAUUUACUGCGGCCUGCCCGAUGACCUCGCCAAACGGGUUGGGAUGGCCCAUAAUAAUGUCAUGAAUUAUUCAAAGCCAGAAACCACCCUUGACCAGCUGAUCAGCAUGAGAGCCAGUCUGUACAACAAGGCUGGCUUCACAAGGGCCGGUGACAUGUCAUCGGUGGAGCCACCAGCCGAGAAGAAAACCAAGGACGCGUGGAAGGAAGGACUGGCUGUCAUGCUGCGCUGUGAUGGAGACGAAGAAACUAAGCCGCGUAAACAACUCAACAAUAGGCACAGACGUUCCAUCAGUCUGGCUGAAAUGCCGUGCGCAGUCUGGAACGGCAUCACAGAGUUUGCCAAGAAGUGGGAGGAGAGGCGAAUCCUAGGGCAAAAGAAGACAGAGUUAAAACCAACUCAUUUGGGCUUCCUCGAUGAUGAUGACGAGACUGCAAAGCAGGUGUCAACGUUACAAGGACUAAACAACGGCGAACUGGAUUACAAAGAAGUCAUGCAAACUUCGGAAGCAAACAAAUCAGAGAAAAAGAAAAACAAGCAGAAGAUGAAAGCGGCCGCACUCCAGAAAGAUGGUGACGGAGGAGCUGAGGAGUUGGAUCCGGAGGGUGCCAAGAACGAUAAGAACGACGGAGGAGAUGAUGAGUCCGAUCUAGGGGGUCUGGAGCCGGAGGGUGCCAAGAAAGACAACGACGACAGGGGAGAUGAGGAUGCCGAUGUCGAUCUGCAGACUGAGAACAGAAACCUACUGGCGAAUGAAGAUGGCACACUUGACAAAAUACGGACAAGCAACAAGAGGAAAAGCAGCGAGCAGGAACCUCCGUCGGCGCCCGUUAGGAAGUCACAACGGAGCGCAGCUCACGGGGAGAGUCAGUACAAGGCUGACGACUUCGUUGUUGUACCUGGGAACGUGAACGACGGGGACGACAUUGAGGCGUGGUUUGGGCGGGUUGUGUCUGUCAAUCUUGCCCAAAAGAAGCUCCGGCUCGUGUGGUAUGUGCCAGACAACCAAACUGGCAUAUACGAACGGGAAAAGAGCAACGGCCAGUCGCUCCCCGCGACCACCUGCGCCUUUCGUGAUGUAGCCACAACCGUGGUGUUUGACAAGGACAUGACCUUGCCCGUGGAGGAAUGGGUGAAGGCAACAAAUGCAUGCCGUUAG